AUGCGACAGGGCGACUAUAUGGCGACAGCUGUAGCCCAACAUCGCAUUGAGAGUUUUCAUUUAGCAAACGAAUACUUUCUCGAAAAGCAACGCUUUUUGCUUGAGAUCCUUAAUCAUGUGCAGGAGCCUUUGCUGAACGAACAGUGGCAAGUCCUGGCCAGGGAGCUGGUCAGCGAUAAAGCCGAAUAUGUUAUCUAUAACUCGCAUAUGGAUGAUUUUUUUGAGUUGAAAAAAUCUGGACGCUUGCUGCCGCGAGACAUCUACUACAGUCUUCAUGAGCCGCAGCAUUGGGAGGAGACUCUUGGUCUCUAUUAUCUCUUUUAUUAUGCGCGUGAAUGGAGCACUCUGCGUCAGAAUAUUUGUUGGGCUCGGGUGCACACCAAUCCUUCUCUAUUUGUAUACGCUUUGACGCAGGCCCUACAAAAGCGAGAGGACUAUCGUGUCCUGAUCAUGCCAAAGAUCUUUGAGCUUCUCCCAGAGCCCUACCACGACCAGCAAUUUGUGCGACAGGUACGUAACUUUAACUUUGCCAAUUGGAGCAGGCAGCGCGUCUUGAACUCUAGUGACACCGAAGUGAAGGAGGCCUGGCCAAAGAGUGUAUUACCCGCGGGCUUGCGGGGUAUACGAAACACCACCGAAUGGUCCCUCGCCAUGGCUGAGACGUAUGUGCUGUGGAUUGCUGAAAAGCGCACAGAACAAGGUCUAGAAGUGCUCCUUGGUGAUAUAGGGUGGAGUGCUCACUGGUAUUACGUAAACAUGGGCGUAAUGCUGACGGACAAGAGGCCAGGUACGGAUCAGCAAUUACGUGAAUGGUGGUACGGGAAACUAUCGCAGAUUCUCGCUCGCUAUAAACUGGAACGUUAUGCACAAGGACUAUCGUAUAGGCGGUUAUCUAGAAUGGAAAACCAAAAAACCACACGAUAUUUGGAACACCUUCUGGAAUACCUAGAGACUGCUGUGGAGCGAGCUGUUACUGCGGAGAAGUACACACUAACCAAUGGCACAUUAAUAGAGCUACGUCGCGAUCAAAACUGGUUACUAUGCCUGAACGACCUCUUUCCGUAUGAUAUGAGCCAGCUUAAGUUGAGAGGAUCCGCCCAACCAGAAUUGAUUUCGGAUCUACAUACGAUGUUAAGAGCUCACAACUUCUAUUACUAUGCAGGGCGACUGCUGAGGGCAUUUCAUAGAUAUAGGAAUGCUUACCUACCCUCCUACGACGCGAGAGAGACAUCCCUUGAGCUGCGCAUCACAAAUGUGUCGAUUACUUCGCUGCAAACGUACUACGAACCCGUAGAUGCUGAUCUCAACAAUGCUCUGCACUGGAAACACUUUCUCUACAAUGGGAUCUUUAUGUGGCAGCACUUGCUGUUGGGCCGCCAGAGACGAUUGCAGCAACAACCCUUCCAGCUACGCAUUCAGCUUACCUCGAACAGGACAGAGUCAAUAAUUUUGCGCACUUUCCUAACCACAAUGCAGGGCCACUGGACUCAGGAGCCCUAUUUUCUAUUGGAUGCUUUUCAUUUGAACCUAAAUGUUGGCAUCAACGAUGUUACUCGUGACUCGCGUGACUUUUAUCGCACAGUUGGUGAUCACAUAACAUACACCGAACUAUAUCAAUACGUGAGGCUGGCCGAGAAAGGGGACCAUGGCUUUCCAUUGAACAUCUCAACGCCCAAUUGCGGAUUUCCCAGGCGACUAUUGCUGCCCAGGGCCGGUUUUGGCCGACCUUUGCGCAUGCGCCUUUUAGUCACAGCCACCCUUUACAACUCUAGAUUUAAGGAUGCGAAUGGCGCCUCCUGCGACUUAAGCAAUGGCGUCGGCAGCUUGGAUGCACAGCCGUGGGCGUUUGAAAUUCAGGAGGACUUCAGAAUGAGAUCGCAUAUAUUUUGGCGGGAGGUCGAAAUCUAUCAUGAUAACAAAUGA